UAAAUACUCACCCGUGCCAUUCCCAUUAUACAGUCGCUAUUCCUCACGUACCGAAAUCUCGUUCCCAUACUUAUUUCUCACAGCCGGCAACAUGGCGCAACGACACGGCUUCUUCGAGUAUAUCCGACUCAAGGUCGCCGCAAUCUUCAUCCGCUUCGUGGUCGGCCGGAUGGCAGGCCCGGGACUCACCAAGGAUUUAGCGAGAUCUGUUCAUCAACGAAAGAUUGUGUACAUUCCAUCGCGUGAUCCAGGCCGAUCCAUCAAGGCUUGGCUCUAUUCACCACCCGACUCCACCACGCCACAGACCAAGAAACCGGUCGUCAUCAACUGGCACGGAAGCGGCUUCCUCAUCCCUAGUUUUGGCCAAGACGUUGCCUUCUGCAGCCAUGUUGCGCGCGAGACCGGAGCUGUGGUUCUCGAUGCCGAUUAUCGCAAGGGCCCGGAGGACCCGUUCCCGGCAGCCGUCUACGAUGUAGAGGACACGCUCAAAUGGGUUGCAAGCCAGCCGGAGCAGUUUGACCUCGACCGCGUCGCUGUUUCUGGAUUCAGUGCCGGUGCUAAUCUCGCGUUGGUUGCGGCUUCGACUCUGAGGAAGCAGUUGCCACAAAUCCAAAUACCGAUUGUCGUUGCCGCUUAUCCUCCGACGAAUCUAGCCGUUGAUGCUGCGUCAAAAACGGUCCCCAAUCCUAAAAGGCCGAUCCCUGCCAGCGUGGCUGCCAUUUUCAACGACUGCUACGUGCCCGAAGUCGAGCUGCGAGCCGACCCCCGGAUUUCUCCCACGUACGCGGAGCCGGCAUUGUUCCCAGCCACAGUCGCCAUGUUCACUUGCGAAGGAGAUACACUGGCACCAGAGGGCAUCGCUCUAGCAGAGAAGUUGGACGAUGGGCAGCGAAAGGUUAUCAACAUAAAUCUCAAGGGUACUCAUCAUGCGUUCGAUAAAGGGUGUGAGCCAGGGACAAAUGAGUGGGAGCAGCGGGAAUACAUGCACAAGAUUUCUGUUGAAAAUCUCAAGGAGGCACUUGGUAUAUAGUUUUCAUAAUUCUAGACCUUUUCGAGGUUAAUGCAACGGCCCAAUGAUAUAUAUCAUCUGCAGGCCAAGAGUUUCUCUUUCUA